CACAGUGUGGCUGGGACUCAGCACUGGGACAGAGUCAUCUGUUUUUACCCCAGCACACAUUUGCAUUCCACAGGUCUGGGAAACUGCGUGACCACCCAACGCUGGGUGUUUAAAACUGAUCAGGCUGGCAGCACAGCACUCCACAUCCAGCUGCGCUGCACACACCAACUCCCCAGCCUCUGUGCUGCAAAGUGAGCUGCGAAGGAUUUUUUUUUAGAAAUUGCUUUUGGAGCAGGUACAUUCCUGCACAGGCAGGAUGUCCAAACCCUCUCGCUUGGCUCGACCUGUGUCGGCUAACACAGCUCCUAGAUCGCCUUUGUCUAGGAAAGAAGACUUUAACAGCAGAUCACGAAAAAUUAGGCUAGGUGAAAAGAUUUUGAGAGCUGGCAGCGAAGGAAACCUGGUUAAACAGCAUCAGCAAGAGCAGGUGGAAAACACAGAAAGGCUUGUGCCACGGAAGGCUCCUUUCCUGAAAGACCAGGCAAAACCCAGUUUGCAUGUAACCUCACUAGACGAUGCAGAAUGUCUCCGAUCUAAAGAGCUCCUUUCGACCCCGAGCAGUCACACUUCUUCAGGCUCAAAGUCCACCCGCAACAUCCCUCGAAGACAUACAGUAGGUGGCCCUCGCAGUUCCAAAGAGAUACUGGGAAUGCAAACCUCAGAAAUGGACAGGAAGAGAGAGGCUUUUCUUGAGCAUCUGAAACAGAAAUAUCCCCAUCAUGCCACAGCAAUAAUGGGACACCAGGAGAGACUGAGAGAUCAGACAAGAAGCCCGAAGCUGUCCCAAAGCCCACAACCCAAUUUGGGUGAGCACACAGAACACCUCUCUGAAGCAUCUGCUGAUUCCUUAGAGGCCAUGUCUGAAGGUGAUUCUCCAACCCCCUUCUCGAGGGGCAGCCGCACGCGGGCAAGUCUUCCCGUUGUGCGGUCAGCAAACCAAACAAAGGAAAGAUCACUGGGUGUAUUAUAUCUUCAGUAUGGAGAUGAAACAAAGCAGUUGAGGAUGCCAAAUGAAAUCACAAGCACAGACACAAUUCGUGCCCUUUUUGUAAGUGCCUUCCCCCAGCAGCUGACAAUGAAAAUGCUGGAAUCGCCCAGUGUCGCCAUUUACAUCAAGGAUGAGAGCAGAAACAUAUACUAUGAAUUGUGUGAUGUGAGGAAUAUUCAAGACCGAUCUUUCCUUAAAGUUUACAACAAAGACCCUGCACACGCAUUUAAUCACACUUCCAGAGCUGUAAAUGGAGAUAUAAGGAUGCAGAGGGAAACUGCUUAUACGGGACGAGAUGGCCCAGGUGGUUCCCGCCCUGGAUCUGCCACACACACUCUGCAUGCGAUGCCCAGCUCUCCACCCUCCACCCCAGUGCCCCACUCCAUGCCCCCCUCUCCGUCCAGGAUUCCCUAUGGUGGGGGCCGGCCCGUGGGGGUGCCGGGCAAUGCCACCAUCCCCAGGGACAGGCUGUCUGGCGUGCCAGCCUCGCGCUCCAUAUCGCCCAGCCCCAGCGCCAUUUUGGAGAGACGGGACGUGAAGCCAGAUGAGGACAUGAGUAACAAAAACCUGACCCUGAUGAGAAAUGAAAGUCUGUACGGUGACCCCUACUUGUUUCACGAGGGGAGGAUGAGUGUGGCGGCACCACUCUCCGGACACCCCCUCGAUGUCCCCGACCACAUUGUGGCCUACCAUCGCAGUGCCAUCAGGUCAUCGAGCACUUACUGCAGCCCCUCCAUGCAGCCUGAAAUGCUGGAGCAGUCCUUGUACAGACAAAAGUCACGGAAGUACCCAGAGAGCCAUUUGCCCACUCUUGGCUCUAAAACACCUCCAGCCUCACCCCACAGGGUGGCUGACAUGAGAAUGAUUGAUAUUCAUCCUCACCAUGGCUCUCACAUUCCCGCCCACACCAUCCAGCCUGACAGGUCUUCCCCCAGCCGCCAGUCCUUCAAAAAGGAGCCAGGACCACCUGUGUUUGUGGAUGCAAAAGCACGGAGCGCUGUCGGCCUCCCGGGCAUGGCCGAGGCAAUGCCCUCUCCCAUGGACAAGCAGGCUUUUGGCUAUGGGUCACCCACCAUGCCCAAAGACAAGGAGACAAGAGAGAGGAUACAAGCCAUGGAGAAACAGAUUGCCAGUUUAACUGGUCUUGUUCAGUCUGCGCUUUUUAAAGGGCCAAAUACAAGUAAUAGCAAAGAUUCUUCUAGUGAGAAGAUGAUGAAAAUUGUGUCCAGCAAGAGCAGCGCUGACACUGCAGGUACUGCCAAUAUAUCUGGGGGGAAGAAUGCACUGGGAGCUGUGGAGUCAGCUGUCAUCCAUCACCCUGCUGGAGCCCCAGCAAUGCAAGUCAGCCUGCAUGGCAUGAAACGCAACGUGUCGGACCUGCGGCUGCAGCUGCACCAGAUGAAGCAGCUACAGCUGCAGAACCAGGAGAUGCUGAGGGCAAUGGUGAAGAAAGCAGAGCUAGAAAUCAAUGGCAAAGUGAUUGAAACAGUGAAGAGGCUUGAAGAUCCUGUGCAGCGACAGCGCAACCUGGUGGAACAAGAAAGGCAGAAAUACCUCAACGAGGAAGAAAAGAUUGUAAAGAAGUUAUGUGAGCUGGAGACAUUUGUUGAAGACCUGAAGAAGGACUCUGCUGCUUCCAGCAAGACAGUUACACUGAAAGACGUUGAAGAUGGAGCCUUUCUUUUGCGUCAAGUGGGAGAAGCUGUUGCUACCCUGAAAGGAGAGUUCCCGACAUUGCAAAAUAAAAUGCGAGCGAUCCUGCGGAUCGAGGUGGAAGCUGUGAGGUUCCUGAAGGAGGAGCCACACAAGCUGGACAGCCUCCUGAAACGCGUGCGCAGCAUGACCGACAUCCUCACCAUGCUCAGGAGACAUGUUACAGAAGGACUGCUGAGGGGUGUGGAUCCAUCCCAAGCCGUGCAAUACUCUGCUAUGGAAAAGUCCACUGCAGCUGACACCCUGAAAAACCCAGAGGAGCACAAGCCCACGCAGGGACACGCACAGCAAAACCUCCCAGUGACGCCAUCUGAGUCCCAGGUGUCCUCAGUCAAGUCCGAGGUCAUUCCCCUCUCAGCCAUGACUGUCCACCACGUGCAGAGCUCUCCUGUUGUCAUCCACCAGUCCCAGCACUCUGCAGCCCUGGUGAACCAUGCCCAGGGCUCUCCCACUGUGGGCAGUCACAGUGAAGGUCACCCCUCCGCCACCCCAGCCCUGCAGGAGCCCACAGCAGGAUCCCAGCCCGCAGCAGCCACAGCAGCAGCACAGGUUUCUGUCAAUGGCACCAGCAUGCAAAGCCUUUUCAUUGAGGAAAUUCACAGUGCAAGUACCAGAAAUCGAGCUGUAUCAAUUGAGAAAGCUGAAAAGAAGUGGGAAGAGAAAAGGCAAAACCUUGAUCACUAUAAUGGAAAGGAAUUUGAAAAGCUCUUGGAAGAGGCCCAGGCCAAUAUAAUGAAGUCCAUUCCUAACCUGGAGAUGCCUCCCCAGCCAGCAGCCCUGCCUAAAGGGGAUCCAGCAGAAAAGCUAGAAGUCUCAGAAGAAGUUCCUGAUGGAGAGCAGGACAAUGACAAGCUGACCAAGUCUCCACCUCCUCCACCCCCACGGCGCGGUUACCUGCCAGGGUCAGGACUGACCACAACGAGAUCAGGAGACGUCAUCUACACAGCCAGAAAAGAGGCUGCUGCUCUCAAGGAAUGCAGUGAAGAUGCUGGGCAAAUAGCACAAUCCAAAGCCCCUAAAGAGGAGCAGGCACUGUCUCGGAGCACAGGGCAUGCUGUAGCACCAGCUGCAAAAGAUGAGGAAGAAGAGGAAGGAGAUAAAAUAAUGGCAGAAUUACAGGGCUCCAGCGCUGCCUCCCAGACAAGUCGGAUGCCAGUCCCCAUGGCUUCAAAAACUAGGCAAGGAAGCAUGGAGAAAUCAGGCAAACAGCACAAGCUGCAGGAUCCACGCCAAUACAGACAGGCUAAUGGAAGUGCUAAGAAAGCUGGUGGGGACUAUAAGGCUACUUCUCCUACCCUACCUGCUUCUAAGAUCCCAGCCUUUUCUCCCACUUCUGGGAAAAGCAGCUCAGCACCUGCUUCUAGCGGUGACAGCUCUAACCCUCUUAAUCCACCUACUAAAAGCUCCAUUCCUUCCUCCUCCCUUCUCGCUCCUCAGACAGGUCGCAUAACUUACUCUACCUCCCUCAUCCCCUCUGUCUCUAACGGUUCCUCCAAGUUCCAGAGCCCCACUUACCCAGGGAAAGGUCACCACCUCUCAUUCUCACUGCAGACUCAGAACGGCCGACCACCCCCUCCUAACUCCUCUACCUCCCCCCCCUCCUCUAUCUCCCCUCCCUCCCUGAGCCAAGGUAUGAAGAGCAUCAGGACAAUCCACACCCCUAGUUUCAACAGCUACAAGGCACAGAACGGGAAUGCCGGCAAGUCCGCCCCAUCCACGGUCAAGGAGCCAUCCUAAAGGCUAAGCACAGCACACCUGCCAGGUCACCAAGGCUUUUUGUUCACUUUCAGAGAAUCCGCAGCCAAUAUUUUAACCAGGGAAUGUAACCAUUUUGUUGUAUUGCUGGAGGCUUAAUACUAAUCACGUGCUAAAUACUGAAUUACUACACUAGAUUAGAGUGAAGCUUUUUGGAAAAUGGUUGCUGUUGUAUUGAUAAAAGAGCAUUUUCUUUCUAUAGGCAGCAUCUCUUACAAAAAGUGUGAAGGUGUGUGAGUGAACUUCACUGCGUGUGCACAGCGGUGUACUGAGCAUGGGGAAUUGUAUGGUUAAAAAUUUACUAAGUUGUUUUGUAUAAAGCUAUUUUUCAUUAUGGGGUCUAGAAGUGAACAGAGAUAUACUAAAGUGUGAUUAUAUUCAACUGUAAAACUGAAACUAAAAUAUUUUUCUUUUAUUUUGGUGUUAUUUAGCUUUGUUACAGAUUUCUAUUUUUGUCAACAAAUGUCAUGGUUCCUUUCGAGAUCUUUUUGCCAAAACAUUUUGAUACUAUUGUAAUGUACAUUUGAAAGUAGUAUGCUGGACAGUAAACCUCUGCACAAGAAACAGAACAAGACUGGUCUUAUGUGUGUAUGAGGCAACUCAAUUUAUUGCACUGCCAUUCAGAUUAUAUUUAAGAAUUUGCCAGACAAGGAAAAAAUAAAUUGUUUUACACAUAUAGAUAGUUGCUGAUUACUUUUUUUCUUAGCUAAAUCCACCCUUUUUCCUUCAGUUUUAUUUUACUGAGACCUGGUAGCCCAUUAACAUUGCAUUGUGGAUUUUAAAAUGUACACUUCAGUACUGUUCUGUAUACUGGCAAACUUUUGUACAUAUCUAUAAAUAUCUAUAAAUAAAUAAAUACUGUAUGUGGCUGGGCACAUAGAGUAGUUUUACCACACCAAAGUUAAUUUUUAUGCAUGCUUAAAAAUAUAUAUGGGGAAGGGUUGAAAAAGAUGGAUAUCAGUUAAAUAGGAGAAGAGCAAGAAUAUGCAUAGCUAAUGGUUUUGUAAAUAAAUUUAUUUGUAUAACACCAUAAUGUAAUAUACAGAACUAUGAUAAGCAAAGAUCUUUACAAAAAUAAAGGGCUGCAUGCUUCUA